AUGGCCUCAAAUAACAAUCGAACAACUAGCUACUCGGAUAGCGGUUUCAGCGAACGUACUGCUGCUGGUUCUGUUAAUCCGCGUUAUGCGUGCUAUUGGUUAGAAAGCUGUCAAGGACAACAUGAAUUCGAUGAUUGCUCGCAUCGAUCCAAUGAACUGAACGGUAAAUUAGGAAUCUAUUACAGUCCAAAUGCCGAAUAUCGUUUAUUCGAUCGCGACGAAAUCAAUGAGAAAAACUUAAGAGAAAAUCCGACAGGUUGCACAAUGGUUCAGCUAUUGAUUUAUAAGAUCGAGAAGGGUACAACAUGGCUAUUGUUUGUGUCCAAACGUCUCAAAGAAAAAAGAUUUCGACAAGAAUCAAUACGAGAACAGCUAUUAGCGUUUCCAUCUGCGAAUCCGUGCAGAAAAUUCGAAGAUCGAGCUGAAGUGGCACUACAAGCGUUACAAACGAUUACAGAUCAACAGGAAAUUCUGCAAGACUAUCAGUUGCGUCUAAAACGGUUUUUAUUCGUUGAUGCUAUCAGUGCCUACCCAUUUCAAAUAACCCCCAGCGAAGUUAAGCUGUUGAUGAAAGGCUAUUCUUCAAAUGACGAAGUUCAUUCACUUCAUUGGUUUCCUUUAACCGAAAUUCUUAACCAGCUACCCGAAUGGCCAAAUUACUUGGCUAAAGAGCAAACUGAACACAGAUUAGCACAAAUCAAACGUGAUCGACAUCCUACCAUACAAGCUUAUGAUAAGAUUAUCUAUAAUGCCGAAGUCAAUUUUGUAGUAGAACGAGAUAUUCUCAUUUUUCAAACAUUCGAGCAUGUCGUCUAUGGUUGCUUGGAUUGA